AUGAAAUAUCCGGUACAGAAAUUGAUCGAUGCUAUCAAUAGUGAUCUAAGUUCAGUUGUAGCGUCCAAUGAAUUUAAUGUUCCUGAAAGAACUAUCCGUGCCCACCGUCAAAAACCUGAUCAAAAAAUUGGUGGCGGUCGUCCUCGUUAUUUGAACGAUGAACAGGAAGAUUAUCUUGUCUCGUUAUUCAAAUUAUUACCAGAAUUUGGAUUCACAAUAACUGCAAAUGUUGCAUUAAAAUUGUCAAAUGAAUAUUUUAAGUCAAUUGGUUUAUCGUUUGUACCACGUCGUAAAUGGUUAAAGCUGUUCAUUAAACGUCAUAGGACAGAAGUGAAAUGGAAAAAAGAAGAAAAAAUGGAGAAAAUUGGAGCACAAAAAUUUACUGAACAAACUAGAAAAUCUUGGUUUUCUUUAUUGAAAUCGACGUUAAUAAAACUUGAUCUUAUGGACAAACCAGCUCAAAUAUUCAAUUGUGAUGAAACUGGCUUUUCUGAUAAAACUAAACGUCAACACGUGAUUGUAACCUCAACUACUCGACAUGUUUUUGAAAAAGAUGGUGGUGGUGGUAAACACCAUACUACUGCAUUAAUUGCUAUUAGUGCAGCUGGUCAAGUGAUUUCGCCGUUUAUUGUAUAUGCUGGUAAAACAUUAAUGAACGUAUGGUGCAAAGGUGGACCCGAUGGAUCACGCUAUGCAGGUUGGAUUGACUCGUGUUCAUUUGAAUAUUGGCUCAAAGAAAUGUUUAUUCCAGCUACUGCACAUCUCAAUCGACCUGUUUUACUUAUUAUGGAUGGCCAUAAUGCACAUGUCAAUUUGAAUAUUAUAAAUUUGAUGAAGCAACACAACAUUGCUUGCUUGAUUCUUCCUCCACAUUGUACUCACAGUCUUCAACCCAUUGAUGUUGUACUAUUUAACAAUGUUAAAAUUGAUUGGUGCGACAUCGUAAAAAAUUAUUUCAAAAGUGGUCACAAGUCAAUCAGAAAUGCAGAUAUUCCUCGUCUGAUGAAACGUCUAUUUAUUGAAAAACAAUCUUUUUCAACUACUCGAAUAGUAUCCUCGUUUUCACGUUCAGGUAUAUGGCCGUUCAAUGAACACGCUAUGGUGGACAAAGUAGUAACUCCUGCAUUUUCUUCAUUGUCGACUUCAACAAUCAACCAAACGGCACCAUCACCAACAAAUAUUCUUAUACCGCCUUCACAUUCAUCAGUCGUUCAUUCAUCAUGUACAACGUCAUUAUCAUCAGAAUUAUCCAUUACAUCAAAUAUUGAAUCAACUGUUGAAACAUUAAGUUCUGAUAUCAUGAGUGUCGACGAUACAAGUACAAAACAACAACAACAACAACAUAUAUUAACUGAUAUUCAACGAAUAAGACCCAUCGAACCAAUAUUUAUUGAUGAUCGUGAAAUUCCAUCGUUUACUGGUUCAACAUAUACUGUUUUAAAUACCAUUGAUUUAAAUAUAUCUAUGCUUGAAACACAAUCAAAAUUCGAACCACAACCAAUAAUAAACCUGAUUAAUCAGCCUGUGUCGAUGUUAUUAAAAGAGCAAAACGAACAAAAGAAAAAGAAAAACCAGGUUGUUCAAACUAUAGAUGCAGUGCGUGAAGUUCUUGUUGGUUUAUUGGACGAUCAAAAACAACAAUAUCAAAUGACAACUGCAACAGCAACUACUUCUCGAGCAUCACGAUUAAACAAUACUACAGGUGUAAAUAUCACUGAUGAAGAUUUUGUAAAAAUGAUGCAAGAAAAGGCUUCCAGUAAAACGAAACAAACAGGGAGAAAGAAUAAAAAGAAGAAAUUAAACACAAAACCCAAACGUCCAACAAAAAGAAAAAAAAACAAAAUAAUUGGCAUCGACAGUGAACAAGAAAAUGAUGAUGAUAUGGACUAUGAAUCAAAUGUUCGACGCCAAUUGGAUUUGGCUAUUACAGAAACUCAACUAAUCGUCGAUGAUCAACAAACCACUAUUUUAUAA